UGCGGGGGCGCGCUUGUGCCUUUGCUCAGAGUCUUAGCGCGCAUGCGUGCUGUGCGGCCGUGGAGAUACGGGCUGUGCGCAGCGGACACAGCGGCACCGGAGAGGUUUCCCUCCGCCUCAUUAUCACUUCUCUUUGCGGGGAGGGCUCAGCCUUGCUGCUACUGGAUAAUUAGGAGUACCCUUCGCGUGUAGCGCUCGGAUGCCAUUCCCUGUCUGCACUUCGGUGAGGGUACAUAAGGGGGUUCGGUGCCUCCUCCGCCGGUAACCGUGGAGGGGGGAGCGUGAAGGGUGAAGAAGUGGGUGCCUGAAGGCUAUAGGAACGGACUCCCAUUCAUACGGAGUGACCCCGCGUGGGAGGAAGAGGAAUAGACCGGCAAAAUGAGUGAGCAGAGCAUAUGCCAGGCCCGGGCCGCCGUGAUGGUUUAUGACGAUGCCAACAAGAAGUGGGUACCGGCCGGAGGUUCCACGGGAUUUAGCAGAGUCCACAUUUAUCAUCACACAGGGAACAACACCUUCAGGGUGGUGGGACGAAAGAUCCAGGAUCACCAGGUGGUGAUUAAUUGCGCCAUCCCUAAAGGACUGAAAUACAAUCAGGCGACGCAGACCUUCCACCAGUGGCGGGACGCCCGGCAGGUCUACGGCCUGAACUUCGGCAGCAAGGAGGACGCCAAUGUCUUCGCGAGCGCCAUGAUGCAUGCCUUAGAAGUGCUGAACUCACAGGACUCCGGUCCGACGUUAUCUCGGCAGAAUUCUCAUAUACCUUCUCAAGUGCAGAAUGGCCCAUCCCAGGAGGAGCUGGAGAUCCAGCGAAGGCAGCUGCAGGAACAGCAGCGACAGAAGGAGCUGGAGCGCGAGCGCCUGGAGCGGGAACGGAUGGAGCGCGAGCGCCUGGAGCGGGAGAGAAUCGAAAGGGAGCGCCUGGAGCGGGAGAGAAUCGAAAGGGAGAGGCUGGAGCGGGAGAGAAUCGAAAGGGAGCGUCUGGAGCGGGAGAGACUGGAGCGGGAACAAUUGGAGCGAGAGAGACUGGAGAGAGAACGUUUGGAGCAAGAACAGCUGGAGCGCGAGAGAGAGCGGCAAGAGAGGGAGCGCAAAGAGCAGUUAGAGCGUGAGCUGCAAGAACAGGAGAGACUGGAGCAGGAGAGGAAAGAGAGAGAGCUGCAGGAAGAGCUGGAAAAGGAGCAGCUGGAAUGGGAAGAGGAGCAGAGACUGUCCAACGCCGCUUCCCCCGCAUCUGUUGAGAACUCUUUAAACUCUGUGCUGGGAGACCCCCGUGCUUCUCAGCCAGACUUGAUCACCACCUCUCAGCUGACUGACCCUCCGACCCACCCGGGUGUCAUCCCCGGACCUCCUGCACCUCCUCCGCCUCCCCCUUUGCCACCGGGCCAGAGUUUACCGGCAGCAGCUGGACCCCCACCUCCCCCAAUACCCCCUCCACUUCCUCCUUCAGCUCAUGUCCCACCGCCGCCGGGGCCACCACCGCCGCCGGGGCCACCGCCUCCUCCUGGACCUCCACCCCAAACCAGCCAGGCUCUUCCCCCGGCUCCGCCGCCGCCUCCAGCUCCUCCUCUUCCGUCGGGGGCGGCUUCCAUUGGCUCAGAAGAAAACCGUCCGUUGGCGGGCUUGGCUGCUGCGCUUGCCGGAGCCAGACUGAGAAAGGUGUCCAGGAACGAGGAUUCCUCUGGUCCAGGGAUCGCGGUCGCCGGCUUGUCGGCUGCCAAAACCGAACCUAGUCGCGGAAAUGGACCUCUCCCCAUGGGAGGCGGAGGACUCAUGGAAGAAAUGAGCGCCCUGCUGGCCCGAAGGAGGCGGAUUGCCGAAAAAGGACCAACGGUGGAGUCCGAGCCGAAAGAGGAGAAGCCGGAGGAGCCUGAGAUCGUACCUGCGAGAGUCCCCUCGGCCGGCACACCUGAGCCCACUAGGAAGCCCUGGGAAAGGACUAAUACGUUAAACGGCAGCAAGUCCCCCGUUAUCUCCAGACCAAAGUCUACACCGUCUGGGCAGCCCAGUGCCAACGGAGUGCAGUCCGAGGCGUUGGACUAUGACAGACUGAAGCAGGACAUUUUAGAAGAAAUGAGGAAAGAAUUAUCAAAACUUAAGGAGGAACUCAUCGAUGCCAUCAGACACGAACUUGGAAAAUCCAACAGUUCAUAGAGCAGCCUCCGGACAGCCAGGACACGAUCGCUUCACCCACAUCGGAAACAACGUCAUUUUCUAAGCAAACGGGGAACAGCGUAUAUAUAUAUAUCUCUCUCUCAAUAUAUAUAUCGGACUUUACAGAUUUCUCUCUGGAUGUAUAUGAAAAUCUCCUGGUUUUUCUGCUUUUUUUUUCUGCACUUUGAGAGCAGAAAAGGUCUUAAUGUUACUGUAACGAUUGCGCAGAAGUCACUUCUUCACCGGUCUACGGAGCUUGCAGUGCGAACGCGAACCACGUCGCGAUGAGAUUGCACAUAUAGGAGCGCGAAUGUUUUUUUUAAGAGACCGGUCCUAGCGGGUCGUACGGUCGUGGACUGCAGGCGUAACUCGGGUCUGUCUUCCUAUAAUAUUUGAUAUUUCCACCAAUAACGGUAUCGCCAUUCUGUAUACGCCGGCCGCGCGCUCGUCCCGAAGCGAGGGAUCGCGGGCACGGUUUCGGGAGAAUCGCCUAUAGAUGGUUUUGCACAUUUUAUUUUUUUUUUGUUAUAUAAAUUGACGGAAUGCCUCUGUUUAACUUUAUAGAUUAAAUUUAAAGAGGGGAGAAAAGGCAAAGAUGAUAAAUAGGUGCCUAGCCAAAUACUUUCCUAAUGCAAGCUAAAGCAUUGACUCUGAUCUCCUUCGGUACGCCAAGAUCUAG